AUUCUCAUCAUCCACUUAAAACGAUUUCAAUAUAGCAAGUGGCAUCGUGACAAAAUUGAUAUUCCUGUUGUGAUCCCUGUAAAAGGAUUUGAGCUUAAUUCGAAGUUGGCAAACGAGAGACACGAGCAUGUGAAAUACGAUCUGAUCGCGAUGAGUCAUCACGUUGGAGGACUCGGUGGAGGACACUACACCGCCUCAGCGCUCAAUAAGACAACAGGAAAAUGGUGA